AUGUCCAGCAUACUUAACAGGGCAUUCAAGUUUAGAUUUUUCGGCAUUAAGGGAGUUAGUAGCCUUCUCAAUAGCCUCCUCAAUCAACUUUUUCAAAGCUUGAGACAACUUGGUAAGACCCUUGUCACCGUCACCAUUCCCAUGCCUCACCUGGAUCAACCAGUCGAUGGACUCAGUCAGGAGGGAAGUGAAGGGUGA